AAACAGCAUUCAGAGAUUCAGACUAAAAUGUUUUGAGAGAAACCUGCACGUCAUUAGAUUAAAACUUAAACGUGAUUUGUCCACUUAAUAACUAAUAAGGAGAGAUAAAUGCCCUCAUGAGUCGGUGGUCAUGAUAUUACACUGUUAUUGAGGACGUUCGGCGCUCAGAAGCACAGCAAACCUGUUUAUCCAGUGCACGCGCACAGCGCUUAAUCUGUUCGCGCGUGCACUGCGCAUUUCACACCGGAAUGUCAAAGACAGUGAGAUAUGAAGGCUGAAUAUGAAUCUGUAGUGACAGGGCUGUUUGUAUGAAGUAUACAGGGAUUGUUGCUGAUCUCUGACUCACUGAGUUCUCAUGAUGAAUCUUGUUCUGGGAGGCGCUUGAACGCCUCAAAGCUCCGAGAAGCCCGCGCUGUAGAAAGACAGAGUCUGUUUCCGGGUGCAGGUGCUGAGGAGCAGGUGAGGAGCAGGUGAGGAGCAGGUGUGGAGAUGAUUCCUGUGAAUGAGUUCCGGAGCAUCACGUCCGAGCAGAACCCACAGUUCCGGGUCCUGAAGCCCUGGUGGGACGUCCUGUCUGAGUAUCUGGGCAUCACCAUGCUGAUGAUCGGGGUGUUCGGCUGCACGCUUCAGCUGACACAAGACAAGAUAUCUUGCCUGCCGAACCGAUUCACGGAUCUCUCCGGCGGAGACCGAGACUGCAGUCACCUGCGGCAGGACAAGGAGAACGAGAGUCUGUGGGAGUUCGCCAUCACCAAACAUCUCGGUCCAAACGUCGUGGAGGUGUUCGGACGGAAGAACGGCCUGGAUAUCCACCAGUACGAGUUCGUCAACCACUUCUGCUACGAACGGGCCGUGCACUGGUACGGAAAGUACUUCCCUUACCUAGUGGUCAUCCACAGCAUGAUCUUCAUGGUGGCCAGCAGCUUCUGGUUCAAGUUCCCAGGAACGUCAUCUAAGAUCGAGCUGUUUGUGAUCAUACUGGGGAAGUGCUUCGACUCUCCCUGGACCACGAGAGCCAUCAGCGAAGUCUACGAAGAGCGGCGAGAGGAGAGGAUGGUCGUGUGGAGGAAGAACACAAUGACCAAAUCAGCCGCAGACAACAACGACGACAUGGUGUCUCUGAUCCGAUCUUCCAUAAAGUCCAGCUCGGAGCAAAAAUCAGCAGAACCGCAGCCGACCGCGUCGCUCUUGGAUAAGAAAGAAGGCGAGCAGGCCAAGGCCCUGUUCGAGAAAGUCCGGAAGUUUCGGACGCACGUGGAGGAGGCGGAUCUGCUUUACUUCAUGUACGUGCUGCAGACGGUGCUGAAGGUCUUCAAGUUCGCUCUCAUCACCGUUUACAGUAUUGCUCUGGUGCCCAACAUCCAGAUCGUGGUGAUGUGCUCGGUGCCUCCAGAUCUGACGGGGUUCAGUGCGUUCUGCUGUAACUACAAUAAAGCACAUCUGUUCUCCAAAUUAGCCUACUGCUACAUAUGCUUCGUCGGAGUGUACGGACUGCUGUGCGUUUAUUCGCUUUAUUGGCUGUUUCACCGACCGCUGAAAGAGUAUUCCUUUGAGGCGGUGCGCUUGGAGACGGGAAUAAAUGACAUCCCAGAUGUUAAAAAUGACUUUGCGUUUCUCCUGCACCUCAGUGAUCAGUACGACGCCCUGUACUCCAAACGCUUCGCCGUCUUCCUCUCGGAGGUCAGCGAAUGCCGCUUACAGCAGCUCAACCUCAACUAUGAGUGGACGGCCGAUAAACUCCGCGCUCGUCUGUCACGCAACGCCUCCGAGAGGCUGGAGCUCCCCCUGUUCCUGCUCCCAGGGUUACCGGACACUGUCUUUGAGAUUCCUGAGGUCGAGUCGCUCAAACUGGAACUGAUCAGUAACGUGACGGUCCCCGGAACCAUAUCACAACUUCCAGCCUUACAGGAGAUCGUGUUGAUCCACAGUCCGGCCAAGCUCCAGCUGGCGGCCCUCAGUCAUCUGCGUGAGAACCUGAAGGUUCUGCGCUUGGGCUUCGAGGGCCCGGAGCAGGUGCCGCUGUGGAUGUACACCUUACAGAGCCUGGAGGAGCUUCACCUGAGCGGCGCUCUGAGCAGCGAGCUCUCCCGCGGCCCGGCGCUGGACUCUUUACGUGAGCUGAAGAACCUGCGCGUGCUGACCUUACGCUGCAAGCUGACCAAGAUCCCGCCCAGUGUUGUGGAUGUUUCCGGGCAGCUCCUGCGACUGAGCGUUCACAACGAGGGGACCAGGCUCCAGGUCUACAACAGCCUGAAGAAGCUGGUGAACCUGAGCGCUCUGGAGCUGACGGGCUGCGGUCUGGAGCGGAUCCCCAGCGCCGUCUUCAGCCUGUCCCUCCUGCAGGAGCUGGACCUUCGAGAGAACCGGCUUACCACCGUGGAAGAGGUCUUGAGUCUGCAGCACUGUCGCCGCCUGACCAUCCUCAAGCUCUGGCACAACGACAUCUCCUACAUCCCCGAGCACAUCAGCAAGCUCCGCGCCCUGGAGGUGCUGGACCUCAGCUGGAACAAGAUCCGCAGUCUUCCCCCGCGCCUCUGUUACUGCACCAAACUCCGACACCUGGACCUUUCCCACAACCAGCUGGCGUCUCUGCCCGCGGAGAUCGGCAUCCUCCAGUGCCUGCAGUUCCUCUCGGUGGCCUUUAACUCUCUGGAGAGUCUCCCCGAGGAGCUGUUCUCCUGUAAGAGGCUGAAGGUGCUGGCGCUGGGGAAUAACAGCAUCUCCUCGCUGUCUCCGCGGGUCGGGAAUCUGGCUCAGCUGGUUCGGCUGGAGCUGAGGGGAAACCGGCUGGAGUCUCUGCCUGCGGAGCUCGCCGACUGUCUCUCGCUCAGACUGGCUGCUGUGAUCGUGGAGGACAGUCUGAUGGACCUUCUGCCUCCAGACGUGAAGCACAGGAUGAAGCAGAGAUAAUCACAGCACUGGAACGCCGCUCUUAUGCUUUGAACAAAUAUAGCUGAUUUACUUGAUGACACUGAUGAUAUGAGUUCAGUAACAUGCACUGAUUACAGCACAAUCCUGUCUUCACAUAUAAGUGACAGUCACUGUGUGUGAAGCACUGAACUUUCACCAGACAGACUCGAUUGACCUGAUGCUCCGUCCGGAUCCUGGACAGCUACCUUCAGUUCAGAUCCAACAAUUAUCAAGUGUUCCUGGAGAUUUUCAUUCUGUGCUUCAGGUGUUUGAUUAGGGUUGGACCUGAAAUUUUGCUAUAGGGGAAUUUUAACAGUAACACCAUGGUUGUUGAUUGAUGGUUAAUGCUUUUUGCUGAAGCCAUCAGCACUUAAUAUUUAAACUUUUUCUUAGGAGUCAUGUUUAACAGUGGACUUCUUUGUAAAAAAAAAAAAAAAAAAAAAAAACCUUAAUUUACCCUGAUUCUGCAAAGAAAUCUUGACACCAAUCAGUGAAUCACAUUGAAAGAGCACUUUAGCUCCGCCCACUCUCCCAUGAAGCACUGCGGGUGACGUAAUAGCCUCGCCACGCUCUUUCUGCAUAUGUGCUUAUUUUGCUAUAAACAUAAAAUAUGUUGUUUAUAUUUGCACAAUUAACAUCUUUAAAUCAACAGUUUUAGUAUUUUUUAGUUAGAUUGUCAUUCACAGUGGUUCAUGAGAUUGUAGUUCUUUCCUUCAUUAAAGUCGUUAAAUACACAGUCUU